AAGCUGAGGCGAGUGUCUCCGGCGUAUCGAUGCAGCGAUAGGAGGAGACUGUCCAUGUUUACCGCAUUUCCCCCACCAGAUCUCCGCUGCGUCCCUCAGAGCACCGCGCGCGGGUCUUCACCUUUUCUGCUGCUGCUCUGUGCACCUUCUCCCUCUCCGUUUCUGCACAUAGCGAAUGCAAGGUGGCUGUAAACACAGUAUUAACACAGCAGCAACCCGCUGUCUCAUCCAUGCAUCGGAGUCCUGCGCACCAGCGCUGCGCCUCCGUCUCCGGCUCCGGCCAUGUCGGCCUGGAACACCGGCGGAUCGGGGGGCGAACCGCCAGAGUCGCAGAAGUUCUGCACAGUCCACUGCACAGGCUACAUACGCAGCUGGCCCGCCAGUCAUUUCGGAGCAGAGGGGGAGGGCGAGGCAGACGAGCAGGACAGCUCCCACUUCAGCUACCUCAUGGCGAUGGGACGCGUGCACUCACACUCAUCUCCCCAGCUUAAUGGAGAAGUCUGCGUCAAACAGUUCUUCACACGUUAUGCUUUGGAUGGAAAAUUCACCUUUGUCGAUCAAAGAGCUACAACAAUUCUUGGUUAUCUUCCCCAAGAAUUGCUUGGGACAUCAUGCUAUGAGUACUUCCAUCAAGACGACUUGCCGCAUUCUUUGACCUCUUACCAUUUAUAUAAUAUAUAUAUAUAUAUAUAUCCAAUUAAAGAGUUUAGGAUCGAUCACAUUCAAACCAGUCGGCCAGUAAACACAUCUCACCCGUCGAGCAAUUACAAGACCUGUGACGAAGAUGGCAGGAAGUCCCAUCCAGUUGUACCCGGCACCUCCGACUUUAAGAUUUAUGCUGGAAGCAUCGGAGCCCAGAUUGCCAAAGAGCUGCUGGAUUAUAACAGGAUGAACACGUCACCUUCCUGUUGUAGCGUCAGCCCGUUCAGUCGACCGCGUGAUAAGUGUCCGCAAACUCACAAUCCAAUCAGCAACAAUGUGCCAGAUGGAGGUGCAGCGGAUAUGGAGAUGCCAGGAAAGUGCGGCUCAGAGGAUGAUCAGGGAGCUGCUUUCUCAGAGGAAGGGAACUCCCAGCUGGAUUCGGACUGUGUGGUUGGACCGGGCCUCAGCAACCUCAGCGGCGACGAAGCGGCGAUGGCAGUGUUCAUGAGCCUCCUGGAGACGGACACAAACCCGGGGGAGGCUGCGGACAUCCAGGAGAUGCACUGGUCUUUGUAGAAUCCGCCGCCACGCUCCGAAAAACACCAGGAUAUAAUCUUUUUUUCUCUAAUGCAGUAUUAUAUUUUUGUUGGUGGACAUUUAUCAGUAACCUUUUUCCACGUAAGCCAGCAGUUUCUGUGUGACUGCUCUCAUGAGGAGCCGUUGCGAUCGACAACAAAAAGAGACGCCUUGUUGUACUUCCACGCAUUGUCAGCUUUCAUAUUAUACACUGACAUUUCAUAAAAGACAGACCCAAUUCUGUCCUGCAUACAUUUAUUAACUUGGAUUUUCUCCUGAUCAUGUUUACAAUUGCUCAUCUUUGAUUUUUACGUAUAAACAUUGACAGUAAUCAUGACAUAAUUAUUACAUUAGUGACCUAUUGUUGAGAAUCACGUGCUAGCCAGAUGGCCUCAUGUAUAAAUACAAUGUACUAUGUCAAAUUGUGACAUCAGCUUUGCUCAUGCCAAAUAAUACAAACGUAUACAUAAUUCAAGAAUACCUUAGUAUUGCUUGUUGAAAAUGAUUUGAUCUUAUAAAAAUGUGUUCAACAACAUGUCUUUCCCUCUGUCAUCUAUUCCUAAAUCAAUUAAUCAAAAUACCCAUAGUUGUAUUGCUACCCAAAUGAACAAAACAUGUUGAUGGGUUUGAAUGUGUAGCUUUCAUGCCGUCAUUCAUAUUAGUGUCUCAGGACACAAUUUAUAGCCUCCUCAUGAGGACCGUUGAGGCUUUUCCAACAAUAAAUCUGUAAGAUGUUGUUUUGCAAAUUGCAUGAAACUGUAUUUUUUUAAUCUAAUGCUUUAAAAUGAGCCAGUGCAUUGACCUCUUUAGCUCUUAAGGACUCUUCUCCCUGUGUCCAAAGUGCCUUGGCUGCUAAUGGAGACUCGCACUCAGCAACCUCUACAGACUGAAGGGAAUGUUGAAAUCUGGAUGGAUUCAAAUUUUUUUUAUUUGGUUCGAGGCUUUGUUACUAGUUACACGAGCCUUUUGUACAAUCUAUUAUUAGUUGCAUCAAUAAACCUGUAAAGUUGAAACAGA